AUGGCGGCGCUGCGCGAGGCGGAGUUCGCCGCCCUGCAGACGCUGCUGAAGGCGCCGUCGCGGGACGCCGUGCGGCAGCUGUGCCAGGAGUGCUUCUCCAGCGGCCCCGCCGGCCUCGGCCCGCUCGCGCGGCGCGCCUGCCCCGGCCUCGCCGCCGCCCCCGAGGAGGCCGCGCAGCUGGUAUCUGCUUUGCACCAGCUCACCAGGCACGUGGUGUACCGGGGCUUGACAAAGCCAGAAGAUAUUCUUGCACUCUUUCCAGAAAACUUCCAUCAAAACCUGAAAAACCUUUUAACCAAGAUUAUCUUGGAGAAUGUCUCCACUUGGAGGAAUGAAGCACAAGCAAGUCAGAUCUCCCUGCCUCGCCUGGUUGACAUGGACUGGAGGGUGGACAUCAAGACCUCUUCAGACAGUAUCAGCAGAAUGGCAGUCCCUACUUGCCUGCUACAGUUGAAGAUUCAGGAAGAUGCUGCCUUAUGUGGAAAUAAUCCUGUUGUUUCUGCACUGACUGUGGAACUGAGUAAAGAAACCCUGGACACUAUGUUAGAAGGGCUGGGAAGGAUCCGGGACCAGCUUUCUGCUGUUGCAAACAAAUGAAUACCAAAGGGCAUGAAUUUCAGCUGCCAUGAAGGGAAGUAUUCUCUCCUCCACCUAUAGCUUCUAUAAGUUGCAGCCUAGUGUUCUAUGCUUUCUAUCUUAACCAAACGAAAUUAAAGAGAUUUCUUUUUUAAGUCAGUAAAGAUAGCUUUUCAAAAGCUAACACUUAAACAUGCCCUUAGUCUUGUGCCAAAAACUGUUUUCCUAAUGUUGUUGAAUAGAAACUCUUCUCCAUUUCAGAGAAGGAUUUAAGGGCUCAGAGCCUGGCUUAAUUGUGAGGGUCGUAAUGGGAAAUAGCAAAUAGCUGCAGCCAGUGAAGCGAGCACUAUCUCCCUGCCCUGAAAUUAGGAUCUAAAAGGCUCCGCCUGGCUAAUGGGUUGCCUUCCAGCAUUAGCAGACAAGGAGGGUGCUUCUUUCUGAAACGUGUGUACUGAGGUGCAUGCUAGAUUGUUAUUACAGGAUAAUGCUUUGAAAUAGGGCAAUUAUGCUACAACAGAUUCCCUUCUGAUCAGCUACAUAGCACCAUUUGCAAAAUGACUACUCUGGACAUCUUUAGCAGCAAGUAAUUUCCUCCUGUUUGAAAAAAGGAGGUUAGAUUAUUCCUAUUUAGGCUUAUUAGAUUUUAGACGUUUCUGCCUUGCUGCAGAAAAUAGAGGCUGGGAAAGUAAAGAAUUGAUGGCCAUUGUCUGUGCUGUAGGAAACUCUUCUAUGGCAAUUGGAGCAUAUACUUCCUCAAAGUAUUCUGUUGUUUGUGUAAGUAAGUCUUCAUUUAAUUAAAAAAAAUAAAACUGCUAAUUGAUUUUU